AUGAGCUCCCGCAAGCCUAUUUCGAUCCGUUGCAAUAGAAUCGACCCCAGAUGCGACAAAUGCGACGCCGUCGGGGCAGAAUGCACUUAUCUGCCGCGGAAACCACGCUCCGCCAAGAAAAGGCUAAUAGAUGACAAAGAGAUCCUCUCCGAGAUCCUUAGACGACUGGAGCGUCUAGAGGAUCACUGUAUGAUUGACUCGGAUCUAGAUCAGCCCGCAGAUGCAUCUCGUUCAAUGUCUAUCGUUUCAGAUAAUGACACCUCGCAAAGCGCUCUGCCCCGCAGUGUUAGGUCUCCCCUACCGGCAGCACAGGGCGUAGCUCAGACUAUCUUGAAAGGUCUAAAGGACGAGAAUAUGAGGUCACUCCUCAGUUCUAAUGUGUUUUGUCACCUCAAGACAGUGGAGUCGCGCUUCUGGGGGAACGAAAAAUGCAUCCAGGCCAUAGAGGUCGCCAUGCGGGAGAUCUCGGAGUUGGAGAAUGUAGAGACCGAAAAGCCCAAGGCAUCACCCGCCAUCACCAAAGAAACCGCACACAAAUGGAUUGAAUUAUAUUAUGAUACAUAUCAGUUCGAGGGUUUCCGAAUUCCCUUUGAAAAGGAGUUCAUUCUUUCACUCCCAGAUCUGCUUCAUAACCCACAUGUUCAUCUCGACCCGACAAUACGAAUUGUCUACUACAAUGUUCUCUUCCAGGGCUUUUUGGUAGACCCGGAUGCCUAUCACAACAGAGGCGCCAUCGUGGAAUUUCUUUGUCGCUCCUGUAUGGACUUAACAGAAAGCUGGCUGGCCCAGAUUAAGGAUACGCCUGCAGACUUGUUCGCUGCCUUCUUUAUGAUGUCCAUGUCUCUUGAAGCUUGCAACAGUGAACUAUCUUGGAGGAUCGUUGCCGAGUCUGUAAAGAUUUCCCGAGCUCUGGGGUACUUCUCUGUUGAUGCCGACCAACCAACCCCCAGCCAGCAGAUCGUUCGACCUGGCGGUCCCCCCAACCCUGAAAGCGAAAUUGAGAAGAACAGAAUGCGCUUUGAAUUUUGGCACUUGCUACGAACGGACUGUGUCUUUCGUCUGUCCUUUGGUAAACCGGCGCUCAUCACCGACGGGUCCUGGACGGUGAAUUUCCCGGAUCCUAGUAUCACAGGAGUUGAUCACGCAUCCACUCGGUUUAUACAAAUUCACUUUUUCGCUUCCAUGCGUCUCACAUUGGUCUUGAUUAAAUAUCUGGACCUGGUAGAUGCGGAGCCCGACGUGGACACUCCGCAGUACGAUAGGACAAUCGAUGGUCUUAUUGCCGAGGUGCAAACCAUCAUGUCCGACUGGUCGCCGGAGGAACUCCUCACUACGACGACAAACCGCAUGGAUACCUGGUUUUGUGUGGACAUUCUAUUCAGCAGCUACAAGAUGCUCAUUGUUUUCUAUCAAGCAAAGAAGUGUAACCAAGACAGUCAGUUUCUACCAUAUCACACGGUUGACAUUGCACGGAAGAGUCUGCAAAUGUCCCGGUCUAUCAUGUCAUCCUCUACACACCCAUAUUGGGGUAUCAGUCUGAUCCUUCUUCAUCAAUUCGUGCCACUAUUCAUAGUCUCCAUGAAUAUGAUUGGGUCUCCUGAGUGUGAGAAUGCAGAGGCUGAUCUCGAUUUGGUGUCUUGGUUUAACAACUUCGUCGUAACAGCCGCGCAGGAGCGGAGCGAGCUUAAACCGCUGAGUAUUAUGAUGAAGGCAAUGACUAUAGCCUCUCAAAACUCUGUGGCAGGCUCACAUUGA